ACUGAGAUAGUGUUUGGGUUCCUCAGCUGCUGAGCUUUCACGUGCUGCAUUCCUGACUCAUUCCAGAUGUGUGAGGGGGGAAAAUCCACUACAGUCAUAAGUCAAGACAAGUACAAGAAGCUUCAGAGAUCCUAGAAGCUGGCUACUGGAGGCAGGAGCUGCUCCCAGGAGAAAGAGAAGAAUCCAGACCCUAGAAUCUGCCCAGGAGAACAGGUCAUGUUCAUCCAGUCCUGCCUGUUAUCAGUCCUGCUGCUCUACAACUAUGUGGAUGCCAACGUCACCAGCAAGUGGCACCGAGCUUUGUUUUUUCCAUCCGCCCAUCGUGUGCGUCGUUCUUCCCCUGAAUUCCUGGACCCCAUUCUUCAAAUGUCCCUGCCGGAGGUGGAGCUGCUCUAUGAGUUCUUAACUACAGGAGUUAACAUUGACAAGGAUGACCGGCUAACUCUCCGUGACCCAGAGUUGUCUUCUCUAAAGAAAGCAACCACUUUUGAUGUUGUGUGCAAUGAUGUGAUUCCAAAGUCUAUAUCAGAAAUCCAAAGAUUGGGUGAUAAAUUGUCUCACAUUUCUGCUCCCUUAAACAGAGCAGACUUUGAGAGGACACUCCUGACCAUGGCCUAUGGAGCCUUGAAGACAUCACAGUCAGACAAUAGCAACCAGCAGAAGUUCUGGAUGCAGACCCUCACCAAGCUCUUCAUAGCCUUAAGGAGAGAUUUGAUGUUCCCGUAUAAUAAAGAGGGACACCACUGAGCCAGGGGUCUUGACGAUGGCCCAUCUAUUCAUGCAUGUUGUCAUACACCUACCAGUAUAUCAAAGAAUAUAAUUUAUUUUGUCUAUUGCAAUGUAGAUGGAUCAACAGACUAAUGGGUUAUAGUUUCCAAAACAGUGCUGUCUUCAUAACAUUUUUACAUUUUUUUUUAGGGUGAGGGGGAUUGUAAUCAUAUACAGUAUUUUAGUCUUAAUCAUUGUGAUUCAGAUGAAUUAGGUCAUUUGGUGCCCUAGGAACACUAACCUCGUAGGCAGGGGCAUUGGUAUGGUCUUAAAGAUUUGGGAAACAAGACCUAAUGCAUAUGUGUAAAAUUAUUAAUCCAGCCCAGUACUAAAGGCAUAUUUGAAAGGAUAUUACAUUCAGUGUUAUCACACAUACAGGAGAAUACAGCAUUGCAUACCUAUUAUAUACAGUGAUGUCUUCUCUUAUCAUACACAUUCUCUUUCCUGACCUUUUCCAUUUGGCCCAGAGUGGCAUGACAUCUUCUUUUAGACAUGUCUCAUCUCUGCAGAGUUUCCUCACUUUUCUAUUAUCCCCCUACCCUCAUGCCCCAACAGUGUUAUCCUUCUGCAACCCCCCGUACUGUGCCAGUUAUGUUCCUAAAUGUUUCCAAAUACUAUACUUAACCACUUCCCAUCCGUCCAUAGGAUAUAAACGUCCUAUGGGUGGAUGUUUAUCUCUGAAUGGACGUUCUGGAACGUCCAUUCAGAGAUGGCAGCUGCACGCUAGUCGUGCAGCUGCCGAGCGGGGGGCCCGCUGUC